UCCCUCUGUUCUCAGUCUUAGAUUUGGAAACUCUCUCAGCAAUGGAUCUGAACAACUUCUACAGCGAGAACAUCAGUAUUAACCACAGCACGCUCUUCAACGACAGCAGAAACCUCACGCUCUUACCGUUCUACCAGCAUUCCCUCACCGUGGCCUCCGUCAUUAUCCUGGCCUACGUGCUCAUCUUCUCGCUGUGCAUGCUGGGAAACAUCCUGGUGUGCUUCAUCGUGCUGAAAAACAGGCAGAUGAGAACCGUCACCAAUAUCUUCAUACUCAACCUGGCCAUCAGUGACCUGCUGGUGGGCAUCUUAUGCCUUCCCAUCACGCUGGUGGACAAUCUGAUCACAGCGCUGGAGAACUGUGUUUCUUUUCGUGUUACUCAUGGAGAGAAUUCCUUCAUGGUGUAUGCGAGCACUGAGAGUCUGAAGUGUUUUGAAUGCGGUGAUUUGGGCCACAAGCGUUUUAUGUGUCCGCGUAGAGAAGAACAGCGCGCUUCUACAUCUCGUGGUGAGGAAAACGAUGUUGAGCCUCAAUCUGGAAGUAGUUAUUUACCUGAUAAAGCUGUGAGUGUUUGUAAAGAAAAUGAUCAGAGUGAUGCUGAUGAUGAUACUGCACAGAAUCUUGGUUCUGAGGAAAAUAUGGCUGAUGAGACUGAGAGUUUAUCACAGUAUACUGAUGAUGGAAUGAGAGAUGAUGAGCAGUGGCCUGAUAUGUCUAAGGAGGUUGUGGAAAAUCUAAUGACAAUACUUGAGCCUCCUGAGGAUCUAGUGCGAGGAAUACAACAACGACUAGUGGAUUUUUUCUGGUCGGGACAGCACUGGUUGAAGGCGGCGGUGCUGUAUCUACCUAGACAAGAAGGAGGCCAGGGGUUGAUUGACAUCAGAGCGAGACUCAGGACCUUCAGAAUGCAGACGGUGCAAAGACUGCUUUACGGAGUGGAUGUGAGCUGGGCUGAAGUAGCCUGUGCCCUCCUAAGAAGAGCUGGAAACAUGGCACUGACUGGCAUAUGGCAAGAAAAAGAGGACUGCUUAUUAUCAUUUAAGACCCCUAAGCUGGCCUGCUUUGGUGAUGCUGAUAAGAAAGCUAUCUACAUUAUGUGUGUGAAAGUGUGGCAUCUUAACACACUGAAGAAUGUCAGCGAGUCCAAAUGGUUGGAGGUUCUGGGGCCAGGUGCCUCCCCUAAAGGCUGCUGGAGGUCCCUGUACAAACCACCCAUUGAGAAAAGAAUUGUUGUCUUCACGCUGGUGGCCAUCGCAGUGGAAAGGUUUCGCUGCAUUGUCUAUCCGUUCCAGCAGAAGCUGACGCGGCGUCAGGCCAUCAUCACCAUCGCCUUCAUCUGGGCGCUGGCCGUGGGCAUCAUGUGUCCGUCCGCCGUCACGCUGACUGUCUCGCAGGACGUCUUGCACUUCACCGUGGACGGGGACAAUGAGACGCACCCGCUCUACACCUGCUGGGAAGCCUGGCCCGACCAGAGCAUGAGGAAGAUCUACACCACCGUGCUUUUCUCGCACAUCUACCUGGCUCCGGUCACGCUCAUCUUCAUCAUGUACUCGUGCAUCGCGGUCAGGCUGGUCAAGCCUCCCGUCUUCCGCCGCAAGCUGCGCGUGGUGAACAUGCUUCUGAUGGUGGCGCUGCUCUUCGCCGUGUCCUGGCUUCCGCUCUGGAUCCUCAUGAUGCUGACGGAUUACGGAAAUCUUUCGGCCACUCAGCUGGACCUGGUGGCCGUCUAUGUCUUCCCGUUCGCUCACUGGCUGGCCUUCUUCAACAGCAGCGUCAAUCCUAUCGUUUAUGGCUACUUCAACGAGAACUUCCGGCGUGGAUUCCAGGCGGCGUUUAAGCUGGGUUUGUGUGUGGUGGACGAGCCGCCGCAGCCCAGACGCAACGCAGCGUGGAAACACAACCGCGUGUUUGCGGACCGAGACGAGACGAACGCAAAGAGCGAUGGCAGGAGAGAGUUCUGCAGCGGAGAGCAGAGAGACGAGCUGGUGCUGGAGGAUCUGGACUGAG